CGGUGCCAUUCUUCCUCUCCAAGGCAGCGCGGUCGUAGGGCGCGCACACACACAUAACUAGGCAUACGCAAGGGGGGGCCUUCUUCAGGAUGAGGACGACGACAGUACUAGCGGCGCUGGCGGGGUGCGCGGGGGCGGCGGUGCUGUGGGACGGACGGUUCAACGACCUGACGACGGCGGCGGACCUGAACAAGUGGUCGUGGUCGAACCAGGUGGGGCCGUACCAGUACUACAUCCACGGGUCGGGGGCGGUGGACAAGUACGUGAACCUGUCGCCGGAGUACAAGAACCCGGCGGACACGGUGUCGCGGCAGGGCGCGCGCCUCACGCUCGACAGCACCGCGUUCUGGAACGGGCAGAACAUGCGCCGCAUCGAGCUCAUCCCGCAGACCACGGCCGCCAUCGCCGCCGGCAAGGUCUUCUACCACUUCAGCCUCAUGCGCCGCGACGUCAACGCGCCCUCCAAGAACCGCGAGCACCAGAUCGCCUUCUUCGAGAGCCACUUCGUCGAGCUCAAGUACGGCUGGAUCUCGGGCGAGCAGGGCGCCGAGAACCCAAACCUGCAGUUCAUGGUCUCCCAGAACUCGAAGUGGAAGACCGAGUGGAAGGCCGACGUGUGGCACAACGUGGCCUUCGAGAUCGACUUCGGCGCGCGCACCGUCGGCCUCUGGCACUCGGAGGGCGGCGACCCCCUCGUCCAGACCGUCGCCCCCGUCUCCGCCAGCACCUCCUCCAACGGCCAGGACUGGCACCUCGGCGUCCUCGAGCUCCCCCGCUCCGGCUACCCCGACACCACCGAGGACUUCUACUUCUCCGGCAUCUACAUCGAGAGCGGCCCCAUCACCACCGCCAUCGGCAGUCCCACCGCGUGAAAUAUUCCGCAGCAAUAGCAGCUCCGGCACGUCGUUGAAGUGCUCCCCCGGGUAUCAACCAUCCGAUUGGUAGAGGAGGCGGACGGGGAAGCACGAAAACUGGUCAAACUAAGCGACGACGGAUGAUAGAUUCACAGGUGUUAUUCUUGUAUUUGGGCAGUCAUGCUCGCUUGUACAUACAUCGAAAGAGAUGCUUAAAGC